AUGUCCAUCAUACAGCAACACACGUCUGCGUCGCUCGGCGAUGCUUGGCGUACCAUCAACAUCGACGCGCUACAGGAGGACUCGUCCGUCAACUUCGACACCUCGACCCUGCACCCACCCCUGCCCGAAAUCGGCGAGGCCGAGGUGCGCUCGCUCGCGGGGCAGGUUCGGCAGCUGCUACGCGGCGGGGACGCGGAGGGCGCGCUGAGGGGCUGCCUGGAGAUGCCGGUGUACAACGGGAACGACCUAGCAAAGGAUGCACACCUCCAGACCGUUGUCGAGGUCCUCCAGUCGAUCAAGGCGAGCGAGAUGACGCCCAUGCUCCAGCGCAUAUACCAGGGCGACGGCGGUAGCGAGCUGCUGGAUGUGCUCAUGAAGUAUCUGUACAAGGGCAUGGCAUCAUCAUCAGGAGGCAGCGCCCCCCGAACACCCACCAAAGUGACGCCCCAGGCCACGGGGUUCAGCCAGGUCGGUGGCCGACCAGGCGCGGCAAACGAAUCCGCAGGCGCAGGCAUGAGUGUUCUGUUGAGCUGGCACGAGAAGGUGGUCGACGUGGCCGGACUCGGAUGCAUAGGACGGACGAUGACGGACUGGCGAAGGGUGUAA